AUGAAUCAAAUAAUAGAAGAAAUAACACUUAAUGGACAAGAUUAUACAUUAACUAUAUCAUAUGAUCAUUCACAUAUAAAAACAGCACCAAUAACAAUAUAUUUAAUUCAAUCAUCAACCAAAUCUACAAGUAAUUAUCAAAAUUAUAUAUAUGUUAUUCAAAAUUCAACUACUCAAUUAAUUGGAUUAGAAAAUUUAGAAAUUAAAUUUUUUAUUUUAAAAUUAAGUAAGAAAUUGGAAGUUCCUUUAUAUUUUGGUAUAGUUGAUGAUGAAUCUAAUGUUUAUAAUUUAUUUAAUGGUGGUUCAAGUUUUGAAUUAUUUAAGACUAUCAUUGAUUUAAUUAAUGAUGAGAACUCGAAGUUGGAAAAUUUAAAGAAUGAUGGGAUUGUUCAAAAAGAAAUUGAAAUUUAA